AUGUUUCUAGUCUACAACUUCCUUUCGGGUGGAAAUCUUGAAACCUUCAUACAUCAAAGAUCUGGCAUGGAUAAGCAGUGGUCAACCAUUUACAAGAUAGCCACUGACAUAAAGCCUAGCAACAUCCUGCUUGACGAGGAACUUAAUGCCUACCUUUCAGACUUUGGGUUGGCUAUGCAUCUAGAAGUCUUGACCAGCAGUCACUCGAUCCAUCCUUCUCCUAAUAUGGGAAUGGAUUCACGGUUGUUGCAUGGCCCAGGACAAGUUGCUGAUCAAAGACUUGAUGCUUUUCUGAGUUCUUUUCUCCUGAAUUCUGGGAAUUGGGACCCAGGAGAAUUCGGUUGCCAUGUUAAGGCUAGCAUCAAGUUGCACCGGGGAAACCCUUUCUGUUAG